GUAAUCUGACACCGCCGCUGGCUCAAAACAUCUAAACCGAAGGAUGAACCCACAACUUCAUUGGCAGAAAUAGUCCGAGAGAACAGACGAGAGAGACCGAACGGAGACGAAAACCGAGUGGGCAAAUAACUCGUGGCGGCGGCGGGUGCCUGCGUUUCCUAAUAGGUGUCCGUUUCAAAUAAUAUCAAAGCAAGAAGUUUCACUUUCCACAGGCGGAUGGGUGACUAUCGCUCUCGGCGGCGCUUUGUGAGGAGGAGAUGAUGAAGAAUUUCAGCAACAGUCCCCUUCACAAUAACCAGACUCCAAACCACAUUAGAGAUUGGAACAACAAAAAGUUCGGUUUUCUCUCGGCGGUUCUGUUACGUUUUUCCCUGCGAGGUUAUGGUUUCUGCAUGGCUAGUCUAUUCAUCUUCUGUUUUGGGUCUCUGUUUUACCAGUUGAACGGAGGACCCCCCAACAUUCUACUGGACAUCCGACAGUAUCUCGGAGAAUCCACAUAUCUCGAUGACCACGGACCCCCAGCUCCCCACGUGCUGCCGUUCCCCAGUCAGGUGGUGUAUAAUCGUGUGGGGAAGUGUGGCAGCAGGACGGUAGUCAUCCUACUAAGGUUACUGGCAGAGAGACACCAGUUCAACCUGGUCUCCUCAGACAUCCACAACAAGACACGCCUCACCAAACAUGAACAGGUGGACCUUAUGAGGAACAUCAGCAACAUCCCUCAGCCUUUCCUGUACACCAGACAUGUCCACUUUCUCAACUUCACCCGGUUCAGGAUAGAGCAGCCCGUCUACAUCAACAUCAUACGGGACCCCAUUAACCGUUUUCUCUCCAACUACUUCUUCCGACGUUUCGGGGACUGGAGGGGGGAGCAGAAUCACCUCAUCCGAACACCAGGGAUGAAAGGUGACGAGAGAUACCUGGACAUCAAUGUGUGCAUCCUGGAGAAUUACCCAGAAUGCUCCAACCCCAGACUCUUCUACAUCAUCCCAUAUUUCUGUGGACAGCACCCCCAGUGCAGGGAGCCGGGACAAUGGGCACUGGAGAGGGCCAAACAGAACGUUCUAGAGAACUUCCUUAUCGUGGGGAUCCUAGAGGAGCUGGAAGAUGUCCUGCUUCUUCUAGAGAGACUGUUACCUCACUACUUUACUGACGUACUCAACAUCUACAAGAGCCCAGACUACAGGAAGAUGGGGAACAUGACUGGUACGGUGCGUAAACACACACCCACUCUGGAGGCCCUUCAGGUUCUGUACCACCGCAUGCGCUACGAGUACGACUUCUACAACUUCAUCCGAGACCAGUUCCACUUGAUGAAGAAGAAGAUUGGCCUCAAAUCGGUCCCCCGACCAUCUUCCCAGCAGGCCUCCUUCUUAAGAGACCUCUCCCUCCGAACCCCAGAGCCCCUGGAUGAAGAUGAGGAGCUGGAGACCGACCUGGAGGAUGCCAACAGCUGGUUGGUCCAGCCCUGACCAAUGCCGUGGUGACUGAGGACUUUACUUGCAUCUGGUUGGCUGGAGGUGGCAUGAUAAAGGGGCGGGGGAUGUGCCCUGUCUGUCAGCAUUCCCAGGAGGACGAUUGGUUGGGGGUGUGUGGAUCCUGAUGCCUGUGUUUUUACGGGCUACAUAUUCCGUUCAUCUUGGACUCUCUACUCACCGCUGAGAACCUUAGGAGUGGGCUCUGAUUCUCUGCUACCACUGAGGACCUUGGGAGUGGGCUCGGACUCUCUGCUACCACUGAGGACCUUGGGAGUGGGCUCGGACUCUCUGCUACCACUGAGGACCUUGGGAGUGGGCUCGGACUCUCUGCUACCACUGAGGACCUUGGGAGUGGGCUCGGACUCUCUGCUCACCGCUGAGGACCUUGGGAGCGGGCUCGGACUCUCUGCUACCGCUGAGGACCUUAGGAGCGGGCUCAGACUCUCUGCUACC